GGAGUGCGGCGGGAUGAAGCCUGGAGCUCGCCCGCUGCUCACCCUCUGCCUCGCCAGCUGCCUCCUGGCCCCGGGCUGCCGGGGGGCGCAGGGCAGGUUCGCCUACAAGCUGCUCCACGACCUCUUUGCCAACUACUCCAGCGCCCUGCGUCCCGUGAAAGACACAGACCGGGCGCUCAACGUCACCCUCCAGGUCACCCUCUCCCAGAUCAUCGACAUGGACGAGAGGAACCAGGUCCUCACCUCCUACCUGUGGGUCCGCCAGGCCUGGCUCGACGCCCACCUCACCUGGGACAAGGACGCCUACGAUGGCAUCGACAGCAUCCGCAUCCCCAGCAGCUACGUCUGGCGGCCAGACAUCAUCCUCUACAACAACGCCGACGACCGCUUCGGCAGCUCGAUGGAGACCAACGUGGUGCUGCGUUCCGACGGGCACAUCGUGUGGGACUCGCCCGCCAUCACCAAGAGCUCCUGUAAGGUGGACGUCUCCUACUUCCCCUUUGACGGGCAGAGGUGCCGACUCACCUUUGGCUCCUGGACCUAUAACGGGAACCAGAUCGACCUCCACAACCGGCUGGACACGGGGGACCUGACGGAUUUUGUGGAGAACGUGGAGUGGGAGGUGCUGGGCAUGCCGGCCACAAGGAACGUCAUCACCUAUGGCUGCUGCUCCGAGCCCUACCCCGACGUCACCUACACCCUGCUCCUCCGCCGCCGCGCCUCCUUCUACAUCUUCAACCUGCUCCUGCCCUGCAUCAUGGUCUCCUUCCUGGCGCCCCUCGGCUUCUACCUGCCGGCCGACUCGGGGGAGAAGGUCUCGCUGGGGGUGACGGUGCUGCUGGCCCUCACCGUCUUCCAGCUGCUGGUGGCAGAGAGCAUGCCGCCCUCGGAGAGCGUCCCACUCAUCGGGAAGUACUACAUCGCCACCAUGACCAUGAUCACGGCCUCCACCGCGCUGACCAUCUUCAUCAUGAACGUCCACCACUGCGGCCCGGGGGCCCGGCCUGUGCCCCCCUGGGCCAGGCGGCUCAUCCUCCACCACAUGGCCCGGCUCUGCUGCGUCUAUGAGGUGGGCGAGAGCUGCAAGAGCCCCCAGCGGGCACCAGACGGGCGGGCAGGCAGGGGGGAUGCCGGCGUGCCAGGGAAGAGCCCUGAGGAAGGGGAGGUGGGCGCUAAGGAAGGGGGCUGCCCCCAGGACCACUGCCUGUGCCACCACGACGGCCUGCUGAGGAAUGUCGGCUACAUCGCCGGCUGCUUCCGGCGCCACCGAGCUGCCCAGCACCGGACCAGCGAGUGGAAGAAGGUGGCUAAGGUGAUGGACCGCUUCUUCAUGUGGGUCUUCUUCCUCAUGGUCUUCCUCAUGAGCAUGCUGGUCCUGGCCAAAGCUGCCUGACGGCCCCGUGGACCCACCGCCCCCAUUCACCCACUGCCCACAACCCCCCCAGCACCAGCGGUGCCCACGGGUGCCCCAUGAGGGUGGCUCGUCCUGAGCACCCCCCGUUCCCCGCAGAGCUGCAGGGUGGGAGCUCCACCAGCGCCAGGGAAGAGGAGCCCGACAGCGGGACCCCCGCCCCCACUGGGGCUGCCCCGGCUGCAGGGCUGAGGGGUCCCGGCCCCCCAGGCAGCUGCGCCAGCG